AUGUUAAGAAGACCAGCUACUACCAUCAGAUUAACUCCUGAAGAUAUCUUAGAAUAUGAUGAUACUUUGGCUCAACAACAGCAUGAAAAGCAACAACAAGAGCAAUUGCAAUUGCAACAGCAGCAGCAACAACAACAUCAUGAUCAACAGCAGCAACUCCAACAACAAGAACAAAUAAACAGUUCUGGUAUUGACUUGAAUCAAAGUUUCAAACCUCCAGCUUCGGAUGCUAGAAAUUCCAGAAUCGGAGUUCAAAGAAAGGAAACAAGAAUGUAA